AUGGUUGUGACAAUUGACGACAUUUUGGAUCAAUUGUGGAGUGAAAACACACGACUACUCAAAGAGUUAGUGUUUGCCAACAAAUGUCUGAAUAUUUUGGAUGAAUUGAAAUCAGAAUUGAAUUUAAUUUACAAGAAGUUUGAGACACAACUGAACACUGAAGACAAGUUCAACCAAUUGAGACAUCAAUUGAAUUAUAUUUGCGAUCAAAGACAUGAUAAAGACUUUGCAGAAUCUAAGCGGAAAACAUGUGAUAUAAGCGAUACAAAUGAUACAAAAGUUGUGGAUAAAUCUGAUUCAGAAGAUAUACAAGAAGUUGUGGACAAUAAUCAAGUCAUUGAUAACCACAAAGAUGUUACUGUUGUCAACACAUCAACUGAUACACUGAUCACAAGUAGUAGUAGUAGUAGUAGUAGUAGUAAUGGUAGUCAACAACAAAGUGGUCAACUUUUACUGCCGAUGAAACCACAGCAAUCAGUGACCGACAAUCGGAUUCAAAUUAAACGUCGUUUUUUGAUAAUACGUCCCAAUAAUGUCGGACACAAAGUGUCUGAUUUUAAAGCCAAAUCUUCAACACAAUUAACUACAACUAAGUUAUCAUUAAUUAGUUUGUCUAACAAUACUACUACUACUAAUAAUAAUAAUAAUAAUGUGGUUCAGACCUAUUGUCGACAAAUGUCUGAAACAAAUGAUAGUUUAUUGCCAUCUGAUUUAGCGCCGAAAGAAUUACCAAAUUUAGUGGUCAAUAAUGGAUUACAAUUGAAGUGUAAGGAGAAUAAUGGAGACAAUAUUAUUAUGGAUAAUAAUAAUAACAAUGAAAAUAGUUUAACCAUUAGAUCGAUACAGACUAUCGGUAAAGUGGGAUCAGUUAGAGAUGACCGCACAGUUGUUGUCGACGGUAUUAAAAAUAAAAAGAUUUUAACUAAAAGCGAUUGCUUUGACUCGACAACCAAUUCAUAUAUUUGUCGACUAAAUAAUUGUAACAAAUCUUACAAAAAUCUGAAGAGAUUUUUAGCACAUCGAAAGAUAUGUAAACCAACGGUUCCCAAGAUUCAAAAGAAGAAAUUGAUUUUAGAUAAUAAUGAAAAAUAUAAGUGUCGUUACGAUGGCUGCGACAAAAACUUUCGCAACAGAAGUGGUCUAUCAUAUCAUAAAAUUUUGACUCACGAGAGACACACAAUAAAGUGGAUGAAAUGCCAGUACACUGACUGCCAGUAUAAGUGUAGAAGAGACUAUCAAAUGAAGAAACAUCUUAAUGGUAAACAUUCAGACAUUAAGACAUUUAUCUGUUCCAUCAGUGGAUGUUUUAAAGCAUUCAAAACAUCGAAUAGUUUACAAAAACAUUCACUUAUUCAUCAAAAUGUUGUAUUCAGAUGUGAUGUCGAUGGAUGUCAACGAAAGUUCAGACAUAAAACUGCUUUAACGAGACAUUUGAUUGAACACAGCAAUGAACCGAUGCUCGUCUGUUCGGUAAAUGGAUGUCCGGAUAAGUUUUUUACCGAUAAAGAGCGUAAAAAACAUCUAAAGUUAAUUCAUAAUAAAUCGUAUAAAAGGAAAUGGCCGAUGAAACGGUGCGAAUGGCCCGGUUGUGAAUAUUUCGGUAAACGAGUGGCCAGACAUAUGGAAGUUCAUACGGGAGAGAAACGGUAUCCGUGUGUUUGGCCACAAUGUGACAAACGGUUUAGGGAUUUGGGAAAACUUAACGAUCAUAUGAAUAUACAUAACAAUGUUAAGCCGUAUGCGUGUCGUUGGCCCGGUUGUGACUACCGGUGCGCUAACAAUACAAAUAUUUGGAUACAUAUGAGACAAGUGCACAAAACAAAAUCAUCGACAAAAUCAUGA